AUGUCUGAGCAGUCAAAUACUGUUUGUGCACUCAAUAGUGGAGCGAAGAAAGAGAAACGUCGAGAAAGGAAAGCUUUAUCCGAAAGAAACAAUAAAUACAUUGACAAUGACCCGCUGUGCUUAAGAAUUCAAUGUACGUGUAAUCAUGGACAAAAAAGCAAUUUUAAAUGUAAACAAAUAUCGCAACAGGAUGUCGUUCGAAACCGUAAGAACUUUUAUUCAACAUCCAAAAAAGUUCACCAAGACGUGUACUUAUGUCGUCUCAUUAGUGCAUUUGAACCCCAACGUAGAGGCAAAGGCACACCACGGCCUUCUGGUAAAACAAAACUUCGAAAGUUAAGUACAUCAUUCUUCCUAUAUGGGAAAAAGAAAAUAAUGAAAAGGGUAUGCAAAUCAUUUUUCAUGGCAGUAUUUUCUAUCAAAAGGCAGAGGUUAUCAACUAUUAUGAAAUGUGUGAUGGAUGGCAAAGUUCCAAAGGAAGAAAGAGGAGGUGACAGGCGCUCAGCCAAAUCUCAUGAGAAAAAAGAACAUUUACGCAAUUUCCUCCGAAACCUUCCUUGCAGUGAAAGCCACUACAAUAGAGCGAAAAGCAAGAGGGUAUAUUUGGAUGCCGCUUUAAACAUGAAAAAAUUGAGAAUGUUUUACAAUAAUAGUGUACCAAAUGACCUGAAAGUCAAGAGAACAAUGUUUUACGAAGUGUUCACAUUUGAAUUUAACAUUGGAUUUCGUUCACCUGCAUCAGAUGCCUGCAGUUCCUGUAUACUAUUGAGUAAUAGUAUAAAAAACGAACAAGUUUCGACAAAAAAACAAGAACUUAUGACAAAACUUCGCAUCCAUAAAUUGCGAGCAAAUUUUUUCUAUAAACUUUUAAAGAAAAGGGUUGAUGAUAGUAUUACUAUUUGUUUUGAUCUCCAGCAGGUAUUUCCUCUACCUAGAACACCAAUUCAGGAGGCUUUUUAUUCCCGUCAGAUUAGUCUAUAUAAUUUAUGUGUGAUGGAUCUAUCAGAACAAAAUAAUUCUUGUCUGUAUAACUGGGAUGAAACGGAAUCUGGCAAGGGUGCUGUUUCAAUUGGAUCUGCAUUAUACUGCUUCUUGAAUACUCAAACAAUACCGGCUAAUGUGAAGUUAGUAGGACUUUUUUGUGAUGGCUGCGGAGGCCAAAAUAAAAACAGCCAUGUGUUGCAUAUGCUGCUAUUUUGGCUUCAAAAUAAGUACCCUACACAUGUUAAGGAAAUACAACUUUAUUUCCCAGUGCGAGGGCAUAGCUUCAUGCCAGUGGACCGUUUAUUUGGUAGAAUUGAGAAAGAUGUGAGAAAAAUACCAGUGAUUACUACAAGGCAAGAAUAUUUUGAAAUAUUUUCUAAACAUGGCAGAGUUUGCGAGCUUGGUAAGGAUUGGUGUCUGUAUAAUAUAAAAGGUUUAGAAACUAAUUACAAAAAACUUGUGGGCAUACAAUCCAUGAAAAAAAUUAUAAUCAAGAAGUGCAAAUCUUCUCAGGGCAGACAAUUGAACUGCGUAGUAAAAGCUUCACCAAACUAUAGGUUUGACUCCGGAGAACAGUUUAUAUCACUACUGAAAAGGGGCAGACGUCACCCCAGAAAUAUAGAACAAAUUCAGGAAGACCGGGGACUGAGUGCUGCAAAGAAAAAUGAUGUGACUAGUCUAUUAACAAAACAGUUCGGUGCAGAUUGGGAGAACCUUUCGGCAUUAGAAUGGUACAAACAAAUAUUAAGCUGUUCUAGAAACAUUGCAGAACAAAACGAAGAAAUAGAUGAUGAUGAAGCAUGUAUUUGUACUGAGAUGGAUACAGAAGACAUAAGAAUUUGA